AUGGCUGGUCCCGAUGAUUCCAGCGAGUCGCCUGGUUACGGCACAGACACUGGCGACAACCACCUGAAGAGCUGGUUCCGAUCGUUGUCCCCGACAAAGGUUGACAUUGUCGGCGAUUUCACCGGCAAAGAGCGCUUUGCCAUUCAUGGAGAAGCCCUGCUUGCACAUUGUCUUCAUGCCAUGAAAGUCGACUUUGACUACGGCUUCCAGAUUCUCCAUGCCGUUCAUUCAGUUGAGACUCUUCUCCAGAGGCUGCAUGAUCGAGGAUGCAACUUUCACGUCCUCUGGUUCAAUCGAGAGUAUCAACUGUCCAUCCCCACGGAAACACCGGCCGAGAUCACGUACCGAUACCAGCUCACUCGAAGCAUUCUGAUCGAGCACUUCGCUCACGCACAGACUGACAAACAGACCGUUUUCAGUCUUGUAUUCACGAGCCUGGACAGCAAUUCUUUCGCUCAAUAUCUCCAAGAACAUCAUCCGCACUUUUUCUUGGGAUCCAAUGGUACAACGCCGUGGUGGACGGGUGGCCCGCAACUUCUGGUGCCUCUUCACAUGCUGUACCGUAUCAAUUCAGCAGGAUUGCAUAUCGCGUGCGUUGAGAACCUCGAGUUCAAGAGCUCAAGGGCUUUCCUACGGGUAGCCUCUCCCAGAGGGGCGCAAAGACCGCUCAAUGGCGACACUCUUUCUCCGAUUCCCGACACUUCCUUCAAGGAGGACAGUAUUCAGCAUCGUCUUGGAGGACUCACCAAGACGCACAGCCUAACUGCUCGAGAAAUCAUAUCCCUGUACUCACUGGCUCAUGUGCUUGCCAACCAUGCGCUCGAUGUCAGUGAGGGCAACGAGAUUGGGCAGCACGUUAAAGCACUGCUCCUCCAGCUAGUCUUUAUGAGACACUGCAAUGUUUCGAGCCGGAGCUUUGAGUCGCGGGGAUCGGGACUCGCGAUUGGCAGCGCCGCCAAUUCUUUCAUUUGUUCCUUGUCUGAGCCGGCUCAACGCAUUCUUGGCUCGUGGAGUUUGGGACCAUUCGCAAACUCAGCAUGGGAUGCAUUUGAUCUCAUUGAUGGGCGGCUCUACCUGGCAUUGCUACGUUCUUCACACAACAUACACCUGUCCUGCGCUCUUCACGAACAGUUCGUCCAGCUCGGUGGACUACUCGAGCAGCUCUGUGGCUACGAUGCCAUUGCAAAGUGGCCGGUCGAUCUGACGGAUACCGAUGGAGAAAAAGCUCGCUUGAAGAUCAGCGAUCCCCAACCUAAUCAGUUGGUACCGUCGCUGUCGAUACUGCCUUUCAGCCAUCCCGUUCUGGACAAGUAUCUUACUUCAGUGCACCUACGUACAAAUGCUGUCAUCUCCUCUCCAGUUGACCACAAAGUGCACAAAGAGCUGACGCAUUGGCACAAUAAAAAGCCAAUUGACCCUAAGCAGCCCACCAAGGCUCCUGACUUUUGGGCAAGACGACGAAACCAACGAUUCAUGGCCGACAUCAUUGCCUACUCUGCUAGUCUUACCGGUGCAUCUGGAAAGAUUAUCGAACCGGAAACUGUUGUUGUACGCAAGCCCGCUAGUAGGCAUGCACUGAACAAGAGCAAGAAACACGCAAAUUCCAACAAACCCCUGGAAAAAAGUGGCACGCAAGACGCUCAUAAAGAGGCAGAACGGCUCAAGGAAGCCAAGUUUCAGGACAAAUCCUCGGCAAUCAUCACCUUCUGGAAAGGAAGGUGUCUCGAGUUCUCAAAGGAGGCAUCUCUGGUUAAGCGAUAUCUGCUGGUCUCGAAGUAUUUCUUGGGCUUGAGUUCAGAUCAUUUGUCUGUGAUUGGGGCGGAAGUCUCCCUGUACCUUUGCCAUAUUCUACGCCAAAUCCAAGGUCGCUACAACCCGGACACGAUAACUCACUACCAUGUUUUGGCCAUGCUUUGGUCCCAAAUCCAGGAGACCGCCAAAUUGACCUUGACCAAAGAAGUCCACACCCUCGUGAACAGAGUUUCAAGGUCUCUCAAACUCCCCCUAUACGAGAAGCCGGGGCUCCCAAAAAGAAAGCUGCCAUUUGAGUUCCUGGAUAUUGCGAGCGGGGGUUUACUGCCUCCUGGAAAGUCUUCGCUUAACUUCCAGCUCGAAUUUUGUGGACCGUUCCUAGAACGAAGUUUCGACUCGGCCCCAGAUCCUCGUGUGCCUUUUGAGCCCGAUGCCUGGCAGAGAAAGGUACUUGACGCCAUCGAUGAGAACAAGAGUCUGCUCGUGAUUGCCCCAACGUCGGCUGGCAAGACGUUCAUCUCAUUCUACGCUAUGAGGAAGGUCCUCGAAGCCAACGACGACGAUGUACUAGUGUACAUUGCCCCGACCAAAGCUCUCGUCAACCAAAUUGCCGCCGAGAUCCAAGCCCGAUUUUCUAAGCAAUAUAGUCAAGAAGGACGGUCUAUCUGGGCUAUUCAUACUAGGGAUUACCGCAUCAAUAAUGUGAAGGGAUGCCAAAUCCUUGUAACCGUCCCGGAUAUCUUGCAGAUUCUUCUGCUGGCUCCUUCCAACGCAGCAGGCCCAACGUCUUUUUCCCGGAGAAUAAAGAGAAUCAUUUUCGACGAGGUUCACUGUAUCGGCCAGUCCGAUGACGGGAUUGUUUGGGAGCAACUUUUGCUGCUUGCACCAUGUCCCAUCAUUGCGCUAUCGGCCACCGUGGGAAACCCCCUCGAAUUCCGAGACUGGCUUUCCAAUGCACAGAAGGCCAAGGGGUUUGAUAUGGAGAUGGUGGUACAUUCAUCCAGGUACUCAGACCUCCGCAAGUUCAUCCAUGAUCCGUCUCCCGGUACAUAUGAAUUCGAAGGCCUCAAACCCGUUGAACGUCUCCCAUUUCCUGGACUAGACUCUGAUUGCAAGAAUUCGUUGCCAUUCUCGUUUAUACACCCAAUCGCAGCUAUCAUGGAUAGGAGCCGGGACACGCUUAACGAUGCCAGUCUUGAACCUCGGGACUGUAUCGAGCUUUGGAAACACAUGACCAAACAUCAGAUUGGCCAGUAUCAAGUUCCAAACCCCCUGGAUCCUAAGAAAAUGUUGCCGUCACUCGUCAAAAAAUCCGACGUUACAAAAUGGGAGUCGGCUCUCAAGGACGUCUUGGCUGACUGGAUGCUUGACCCCAACUCCCCGUUCGACGAACUUCGAAACGAUUUGCGUGGAGAACAGUUUGCUCGCCUGUCAUCAACGUACAAUCAACCCGAAUCCAUCGAAUCCCAGACUAGUCAAUCUGGACCUAUUGUAUCCAGACGUUCCAUAUUCUCACUUGUGACUGAUCUUAGGUCGCACGGAGCAUUGCCUGCCAUCAUCUUCAAUUACGACCGGGUUGGCUGCGAGACUGUUCUUCGAGAACUCUACGACACUCUUGAGUCCGCGGAAGCAGCAUACAAGCAACACGAUUCAAAGUGGCUUAAAAAGCUGGCGGGCUUCGAAGAAUGGAAGAAACGCCGCGAGAGCGCAAAAACGAAGGACACAAAGAUGAAGCAAACCAAGAAGACCGGCUCGAGAAAUGAGGACGAGGAUGGCGCAAUGAGUAAAGGAGACCGAGCCCGUGACGUAGCAAAUCGAGAACUGAGCGUUUGGGACAGCUUCGACCCAGAAGCCCCCCUUCAGCAAUUCAGCUUUGCUGAUAACACCAAACUGACACAGGAAGAGCUGAAUACGCGAUUGAAGUCACUCAGGGCGGAUGCCGUCCGUCCUUGGAUCCGAGAUGCUCUCUUCCGAGGAAUCGGCGUACACCAUGCAGGGAUGAACCGCCAAUAUAGACAGAUAGUCGAGAUGCUUUUCCGCAAAGGUUAUUUGACUGUGGUCGUCGCAACCGGGACACUUGCCAUGGGUCUCAACAUGCCUUGUAAAACAGUGGUCUUCACCGGCGAUUCAGUUUUCCUGACCGCUCUCAACUACCGUCAAGCCUCGGGUCGUGCUGGCCGGCGUGGCUUCGACCUCCUUGGAAAUGUUGUCUUUCAUGGCCUCCAUCCGCACCGGGUUUUUGAAAUAAUGUCUGCGAGGCUUCCGGAUCUUCGCGGGCAGUUUCCAACAUCGGUCACGCUCAUCCUACGGCUCUUCAUACUUCUACACGGAACGCAGAACUCUGAGUUUGCAGCCAACGCUGUAAAGGGUUUGCUGACACAAAGCAGACUCUGCUUGGGCGGACCUGAUGCGAAAAUGUCGAUCGCACAUCAUCUCAGAUUUUCGAUUGACUACCUCAGACGCCAACACCUGUUAUCCGAAAACGGUGUCCCUCUCAACUUCUCUGGCCUUGUGGGACAUCUGUACUACACAGAGAAUGCUGUCUUUGCAUUCCAUGCCCUUCUCAAGGACGGAUACUUUCACGACCUUAGUAACAGCAAUCGAAGCCGGGAAGACGUCAUCCUUGAAAUCAUGCUCGUCUUGAGCCACUUGUUCUGUCGCCACGCUUGCCCCCAAUACAAAGACAAGCAGUUCCUCGAGCGUGUACAUCGCUCUCCGUGUGUUGUAAUUCUCCCAGAUCUCCCCAAGAAAGCAAGUGAGGUCCUAGAGCGCCACAAUCAGCAGACCUUGUCCAUUUUCCAGAACUAUGUCAGCUCUUAUACCAAUCAACAUCUGACCGGGAUGCCGGACAACUGUCUUCCCUAUACCAAGUACAAGGUUGAUUCUGUCGAUGCUCAACCAACGCCGGACCUGUCAGCUAUGCUCCCCUCGUCUGACUCACCUCGGCCGCCCACGGUUGUUCGAUCUCCAUUCUCUGCACUCUCCGGCUUUACGGACGAAUUUGACACUAUCCACGAGCUUUGCGAGACUGUCCGCGCAGGCGUGUUUCUUGAAGAGUCUGCAGUCCCGUACAUUCCGAUGGCACCAAAGGAAACGAAUGGAGUGCCUUGGAACGCCUACCUUUAUGACUUCUUCAAGCAUGGAGAUAUGGAAGCACUCAAGCAUGUCAACAUGAUCAAGGGUGGCGAUAUCUGGUACCACCUCAAAGACUUUUCGCUCAUUCUUUCCUCAAUUGUGACGAGCCUUGCCAAUUUUCUGGAGCUUCCAAAUGCCGACGGUGAUUUCGGAUUUGAGGAGGAGGAGGAUGACGAGAUUGAGAUGGCAGAUGAUGAUAGACCUAUCUUUAGCGGGGAUGAGGGGAAUGGGAUAAGGCAUGAUGUCUGCGGCGCUCCCGCUCCACCACCGCAGAAGGAACAGAAGAAGACCAAGGCGAAAAAGAAAGUGGUUGCCGAGUCAUGGGAUGACGAGGGCAGCGAUGAAGACACAGAGGAGGACACGAAAACGGCCAGUCACGGUGCUUCGUGGUCCGAUUCAGCCUCUGGCUACCCUCAGGCGCCCAGAUGGGCUGACGACGGCGGUCAGUCGUUGAUGGAGGUCUUCCGAUAUUUCUCGGUACUUCGACAGGAGUUUGAAGAAAAAUUCCGCAAGACAUUUGCUUGA